AUGUCACCCGGCCCUCUCUGCAGUGACCCUGCACAGCAAAGGAUGCUGGGAAAUAACAAACACUAUUAUCCCGGGGAGGACGACAAGGAUGGGGAGGAUGAGGAAGAGGAAGAGGAGCAGGGACAAGAUAACAACAAGGGGGAUGGUAGAGAGAAGGAGAACGGAGGGAUGGAAGGGCUCGAGGAGAUUGAGAUGAAGGAAGGCAGACAAUCACGCGAAGGGAAAGGGGAGGGAGGUAAACCCUCAGCCAUUGUGGUUGGAAGGCAGAGAGGGGACCGGACACUGAGGCCAGACAAUCCAGGAAAUAGAGGCAUCCCUUAUACGUCCAAUCAGGCCCCUCAUAAGCAGCAGCACCAGCAGCAGUAUCACCCGGCCCCAUCCACUCAGACCCAGAAAAGACGUGCUCACAUGGAGCGCAGUAUGACCACAGUGGCACCCAUAGAGGACACUCGACUGACCAUGAUGGUGUUCCGCAUUGGAAUCCCUGACAUCAAACAGACAAGGUGUCUGCAGUUUGACCCUGACUUCACAGUUUGGAGCGCCAAGCAGGAGGUCAUCUGUUCGCUGAGCGAGCCACUGUGGGACGUCUAUAACUAUGGCCUCUUUCAGCCCGCCGGAGACGGAUGCGAUGCCAUGUUCCUGGAGGAGGAGCGCUGCCUCCGAAACUACCCACAGUCCUUUGAGAAAGGGGUGCCUUACCUGGAGUUUAGGUACAAGACCAGGGUAUACAAACAGACAAACCUGGAUGAAAAACUACUUACAAAAUUACACACCAAGGUGAGUCUGAAAAAGUUCAUGGACUACAUUGCAAGUGGAUCAAUAGAUAAGAUGUCAAAAGCCCUGGAAAAAGGUCUCGACCCAAACUACCAUGACCCUGACAACGGAGAAUCCCCACUGUCUGUGGCGGUGCAGUCUGGCAUGACAGUGGAGGGGAUCAGGGUGCUCGUUCAGGGUGGGGCCCAUGUGGACUUUAGAACCAGAGAUGGACUGACAGCUGUACACAAGGCUGUCAGGGCACACAAUCACGUUGCACUGCUGGCUCUUCUGUCCCUGGGAGCAUCUCCUAACUACAAAGACCGAUGUAGCCUGACCCCACUGUACCACUCAGUGCUGACAGGUGGCGACACCUCCUGCUGCGAGACCCUACUCUACUACAGGGCCAGACUGGGAGUGAGGGAUGAGAAUGGCUGGGAGGAGUCUCACCAGCUCAGGGAUGAAGAGGAAUUUGGAAUGCAAGAGAUACACAAGGCCUGCCAGAAUGGUUUUGCCCAGCACUUGGAGCACCUUCUGUUCUAUGGGGCAGAUACCACUUCUCAGAAUGCCUCAGGGAACACCGCACUUCAUAUUUGUGCUCUGUAUAAUAAGGAAAGCUGUGUUCGUGUUCUGCUCUACAGAGGGGCCAGUAAGGAAAUUAAGAACAAGCAUGGACAAACCCCCUUUCAGGUAGCAGUAAUGUCGGGCCAUUUUGAACUUGGGGAAAUCCUCAAAAACCACAGAGAUGCAGAUGUAGUGCCCUUUCUGGAAUCCCCAAAGUAUGCUCCCAAAAGAGGAGAGAGUGCACGCACGCUCCCUCUCCUCAUGGCUCACCCCUACCCCCUCCUGCGUACUAACAGUGAUAACAGCAUGACCCUGCCUGACCCCAUGGCCCUAUCCAACAAGGCUGCUGGAGCCAAUCCCAUCCCUGGAAAGGGUCGCAGGGCCUCUGAGGGUGUGAGGAGCUCCAGCAGUCCCAGGGCCCGUACCCGCUCCCCGUCGCGAGGAGGAGGGCAGAGCGACACGGAGGAGAGGCAUCAAAGCAAACCACAGCGCGGCAGACAGGGUGCGACCUCAGCGGGUAGUGGCGGGUGGUCAGCUGGGGGUCAGAUGAGGCAUAUGUACAGUGCGGUCCCAGGGCGAGUGUACAUGGCCACGAGGGCCUACACUGCCCACGGAGACAAAGAGCUCAGCAUCAGCAAAGGAGACAAAGUCAAAGUGUUGAGUGUCGGAGAGGGGGGGUUCUGGGAGGGCACAGUGAAAGGUCGUUCAGGCUGGUUCCCCUCAGAUUGUGUGGAGGAGGUGGGUCCUCCCAGUAAGGACAAUCGAUCAGAGACGCGCAGUGAGAAAGCCAAGAGGAAGCUGUUUCGUAAUGUCACCAUGGGAGCAUAUGAUGGCGUGGAUGGCCCCAGUGACUACAUCAUUAAGGAGAAGACAGUGCUCCUGCAGAAGAAAGACAAUGAGGGCUUUGGCUUUGUGCUUCGGGGAGCCAAAGCCCAGACUCCUAUAGAGGAGUUCACGCCGACCCCAGCAUUCCCCGCGCUGCAGUACCUGGAGUCUGUGGAUGAGGGCGGUGUGGCCUGGAGGGCUGGCCUAAGGAUGGGGGACUUCCUUAUUGAGGUCAAUGGUCACAAUGUCGUGAAGGUGGGCCACAGGCAGGUGGUCAACAUGAUCAGACAAGGUGGCAACACUCUGAUGGUCAAGGUUGUGAUGGUGGCCCGCAACCCGGAGAUGGAGGACACCAACCCCAGGAAGAAAGUCCCCCAGCAGGCUAAGAGGCUGACUCCUCCUGCCAUUGCCCUACGCUCCAAAUCAAUGACAUUAGAGCUGGAAGACAUGGUGGAGAAAGCUGCCUCUCCAUGGAAAAAGAAAGCAGAGUACGAGUCCUCCCAGGUGCCUGAUAAGAAGAGGACAGUCUAUCAAAUGGCACUAAAUAAACUGGAUGAGAUCCUGGCAGCAGCUCAGCACACGAUUGCGUCAGACGGACAGGGGCAGCGGGGUCACGGGGGGAGGAGAGAACGAACCAAGAGCAUCGCCCCCAAUGAGCCAAGUCAUGACCAGUUGGUCGGUGUAAUGCCACCUGGCUACAACCAGGGUCAGUAUCCCCCCGGCCAUCCGCAUGGAGUAAUGUUGCGACAGAAAUCUAUUGGUGUGACGGAGGAGGAGAGGCAGUCCCUCCACACCCCGGCUAUGAAACUGGCCCGUAGCCUGUCGGAGGACAUCCCCCCUCCCCCCAGCACAUCUGCCCCAGAACCCCCCUUGUCUGCUGGACCCCACACUGCUCGGAGGGGGGAGCAGUCUGCCCCCCAGCCAUUGUCCUCCCAGGCCCAGGCCCACUACCAGGCCCUCGCCACCCAGCAACAAGCAGCGCAUGAUGCCCAGGCAGGUUGGGACAAUCAACAGCACGGCAUGACCACCACCCUCCAGAGAGGAGGAGGACAACACACAGGGGAUCCCACGGAGGGGACAAGGAGAGGAGGGGGAAAAAUGGGGGCAUUGAGGAGGGGCUACAGUAGUGCUACUCCACCUACAAGCGCAGCUCCCACAACUCAACAGCAACCCCAGCAGCAACAGCAGCCCCAGCAACAGCAAGUGGUGGCCCGGGAGAGGAUCGGAGGGGCAAGCAGGGGAGGGGGAGUCAGGAAGGGCGGGAGGGGCCCUCUAGUGAAGCAGCCCACAGUGGAAGGUGGGCUCGGCAGGCAUCACAGAGGGGGGCAAGGCCAGGGGGGUAAAAGCUCCGGGGCCAAAGAGAAGAGCUCCAUCCCCAUCCCCACCAUCAUCGUCAAGGCUCCAUCCACCAGCAGUGGCAGUGGCCGCAGCAGCCAGGGCAGCAGCAUGGAUGCCGAGCAACCGCCUCCCGACAUAGACGACCCUACCUCACCCCCUGCCUCUCCCGACACCUCCACCACCCCCGGCCCGCCUUCCACCGUGGCCCCCUCACCACCCCAGCCCCCUGUCUCCUCCCCCAUGAGCCCUUCGACUGUCGCCCCCCAGCUGCCCCCUAACCUGGAGAACCUGGACUUCACCACCCAGUUCGGGGGGGCCUUCGUCGGGGCAGCGCGCCGGGAUCGGGAACGUUUCCGUGACAUGAGGAGGAAGAGUGCUUCUUUCUUCCUCUCCUCCGAAGAGGAUGUCCAAGGGGAGGCGGGGGGAGGUGGAGGGGUAUGGACCCAGCCCCUACAGGGGAUGGGGAUUGAUGUCCCCACCCCCCGCCUCCGCCCUUCCAAGUCGAUUGACGAGGGCAUGUUCUCUAGGGACAAUUACAUCCACUACGCCAGCAGUAUGCCCCCUGCCUUUGGGCUACCUGAGUACCACUCCCCUGUGAUGGGCCAGGAUGGCCAGCCCAAGUCCGCUCCCUCCAACUAUGGCCCAGGCACUCCAGCCACCACCUUCAUCCACCCUCUGACUGGGAAAGUCCUGGACCCCUCGUCCCCCCUGGGCCUGGCGCUGGCUGCACGAGAGAGGGCCCUGAAGGACGACCGGAGGACCCGGCGGGAGGAGCGGCACUUUGGCCGGCAGAUGUCCAGCGUGGGGGUGUUCCCUACAUCUCUCCCGUCUCCCACGCCAUCCCUGUUUUCCACAUCCACCACCACCACCUCACACGCCUCACUGAACCGCCCACAGUCACCCAGGAUAUUACGCUUGGGAGGGGGAGGAGAGAGAGUGGAGAGGGACCAGGCGGCUGGAGCCAGAGAGGGCCUCAGAGUUCGCUUUUCAGAGGACAGAACCAAUCAGUACCAGACCCAAUAUUACCAACAGAGUCCAAGAGACAGGGAGCCACCUGGCCCACCCAUGCAGCCGCCCGGCCCGCCGCCUCAGCCUGCACCCCGCAGACCCUCGUUCCUGCAGAUGGAGAGCAGUGCAAACGCUAGCUACAUCCCCCAGUACACCCUCACCGCAGCCCCAGCACACCCACAUGAAGGUGGGGGAGAGGGUGGAGUUGGAGGGGGACUGGGGCUCAUGGUUCUUCCCCCGCCUGCACCCUCGAUAGAUUUGGACGAUGAGUUUGUCUUUGUUGACCCCCUGCCCCCUCCCUUGCAGUUCGCCAACGGCCAAGGCCAGCGAGAAAUGCAGAGGGGAUACCCUCAACAGCAUCAACACUCAGCUCAACACGUCUCUUCCGCCAUGCCACCCCCACCCCCCCCCCCCUCUCCUAAAGUACCUCCACCAGGAGGCUUCCCCUCCAACGCCCCCCUCCCCUCCCCCCAGGCCGGGGACUCUGCCGCCUCCAGCCUCACAUCCUACGACAGCGAGGUGGCCAACCUCACCCAGUCAGGUCUAUCUCCCUCCCUUCCCUCACCCCAGAUAUUCCCCCCUUCUUCCACCACUACAGCCACCUCCAUUUUACCCGCACCCGCACCCUCACUCCACAGACCCCAGCCCAUGUCGCAUACACACCCCUUCUUCAGUGACCCCACCGUACCAGUUAACCCCGCUAAUAUGGGUGCCCCUGCUCCCCAAAUGACCUUAGCACAGUACCACGGCCCAGCCACCCUCACUACAACUAUGACCUACGCCACAACAACGACCAUGACCGCCGCCGCCACUGCUACCACAGCCUCUGUGGUGUCGUCAGACUACAACGCGUCUCUGAAAGCCCCCAGAACCGCCAUCAACACUGCAGGCAAGGCAGGAGACCACCACCCCUCCAUGAUGAAGACUGGAGACUGGCAGACAGAGACGGUGGUGGACUCUGGGAUCGAGGAGCUGGACAACCACAGCAGCGGCGACCAGCACCUGGAAAUACUGGGAGUGAGAGGAGGAGGAGUGGAAGGGGACGGAUGGGGUGGCGAGCACCCAGAUCCUUAUAUGACCUACUCAGGCGGGCAAGAGUUUGAAGCGCACCCCACCAAACACACGACCAAACCAACCGUGUAUCCAAAGACGAUGCAGUACAAAGAGGGCGGUAUCAAGGACACAAGGGAAGCGUUGCGUCGACAGGUGAGCACCAACCCGCCCUACCAGAGCACCCCACCACACCCCCAGAGACAGGCUAACCCAGAGGAGGAGGCCAGGAGAGGAGAGGGAGGAGCAAUGGACGAGAGGAAACAACGUAGACAGAGUCGACCCAAGAUGGAGGACGGCUUCGGUUCCACCCUGGCUGCCUGUCUGGAGCGGCCCAACACCUUGGAGCCAAGGGGGUCAACCGAGGGGGUCGACCUGGGACAGGGCCUGGAGCGAGGUGAGGCCCAGAGGGACGGGAUGUCUAUUGAGGGGCGCAGGCUGCACUCGCCACUCUCGGGGAUGAAGGCCAGCAUCAUCAACGAGCUGAGCUCCAAGCUUCAGCAGAUGAGCAAUAAGAGCACAGACGACUGGGGUCAGUCUGAGAUGCGAGGUCAGAGUCCCAUUAGUCUGAGGUCACCCACAAUGCACAGAUAUUCUGGGGAUUUCUCCGCCUCGUUUCAGAGCCCCCCUACAGCCCGCUCCACUUCCCCCUUACCCACCUCCUCCCCGCAGCAUCGCCCGCCAAUCCUCACCCCCAAUCUCACCGCCACCCCCUCCGGCUCGCCCUCCCACCAGCCCACGCUGCAGCCCAACUGGACCCGCUCCCCCUCUCCCCAGAUACCCACCUCCCCCUCUCACUUCUCCCACCCUCCUCUCUCCCCCACCUACUCACCCUAUCCCACGUCACCCAAACACCGCACUAAGUAUCGUGGAGCCAAGAUUUUUGACUUCCAGUGUACCCCUGGUCCAGAGCUGAGGUCGUCUGUGUCACGCCGGCGUGCCCCCAGCCCCCUCAUAUACUCCACAGACCGCCCCAGCCCCGCCCCUCCCAGACCCUCCUCCCUCCCCAUCCUCCCCAGCACCCAUGUCUACAACACCCCCUUUGAUUUCCCCUCACCCCUCACCCCUUCAUCCCCAAGCCACACCCUAGGAGACUCUUACAACCCUUCCACACCGCCUCUCUUCCCCACAUCCCCACAACCUCCCAGUGCCCUCCUGGUCUCCCGCUCCCUUUCACCCACCCAGUUCCUCUCCGGCGCCUCCUCGCCCUCCAUGCACAUGCCCCCCUCUCCGUCCUGCCUCAGCUAUCCCCACCACACCCCUCCUCCCCCAGCCAAACCCUUUACCAUCAAGCCCCUGUCCUACUGGACUAGGUGGGACGUGGCCGACUGGCUGGCCUACCUAAACCUGGGGGAGCACCGGGAGCGCUUUCUGGACAACGAGAUUGACGGCUCCCACCUGCCCUCCCUCACCAAGGACGACUUCCUGGACCUGGGGGUGACGCGCGUCGGCCACCGCAUGAACAUCGAAAGAGCGCUGAAGACACUGACUGACAGGCUCUUCUCUCCCAUGCAUGAGCCUAGCCCCUCCCCUGUGCCACAGACUGAGAGAGUGAAAGAUGAGGUGACCCAGAGCUCAGAGAAAGACAGAGAAACAAACUGACUGAGAUGAAAGCUAAAGAAGACCAUUGGACACAAACAGACUGAGUUGGACCUCAGACAGGAAGCGAUCGUGAUGGACAAGGCUUAAACAAUUGUUUGGAAUCUUUCUUGAGAUGAACAUUGAUUACACGUGUUGGUCAAAAGAGGGUAGAAACACUUACGACACACACUCAUGUCUAAAACUAUACAAUUUACACACACUGUACAACUACUGAUGAAUAGGCUUUUAAUUCACACAUGGACACACACACACAUUUGACUGGUGAUUCUCACACUCCAUUUGCUGCCUGAGUUACAGUAAAAGGAGAAAUACUAACAAGAAUCUUGAGAUUGGAGUGUUGCUACCCAUACAGAGAAGCCCAUGGAUAUACUAAAGGUGGUGGUGAAGUUCCUCUAAUAAACAGUGAGGGCCAUAUUCAAACUUGUCCUGAGGUUCAUGCGCACACAUUGACUUUACGCGUAUUGCAUCAUGGGAUUGGAAGCUAUGGUUGGAAUGUAUAAACUUCAGAAUAUGGUCAUAAUGUGGAAAGGUACAUUCAUUGGUUUUGUACCAAGUGCUGAUUGCAAUCAUUCAUUUCAAAUAGGUCAGGGUGUUACUGAUAUUUCAUCAUUCAAAUGUGUGUUUAAUGACAAAUAUUCAAAAAUAUACAAAACAUAUAGUCAUAAAAUGACAAUUAUUAUCAUGGUUAUUAUCUUUACAAAGGCUGGCUGGAGUAUGUCAGAGAGGGGCAAGGGGGAGUAAAAUCUGGGUUUGUUUUUCCCUGAGACACAGCCAUGUUUCAGAGUUUGCUAUGAACUCAAGUCAUUUUACAUUACACAGCUUACCGGUCAUUCAUUCAUGAUGUUGAUGUUUACGAGCAGAGCACAUGUCCAGGGAUGUGAGUGUCUUUUGUCCCGUACUCACUCACUCACACACAGGUGCAACAAUCAAAAAGGGCUUAUACCGUGCGUCUGUCAGUCUUUAUGGUGUCUGGCUACCUUGGCCUUUUUCCUCUGAGUGUUUGCACAUGUACAAAGAUCUGUUCGUCAGCCUGCCUUGUUACCCAUGAUCCUUUACCCACCCUCUGCCCCUCUCUCUUAUGCCUUCUCCGCAACUCAACGCCCGUUUUCCAAACAUUUGAAAACGUAGAGAUGUAUAUUUUGCACCAGUUGACAAUCCUAACUUUGCCCUAUUUCAUAAACUUCUCUUCGAAAUCUGAAAACUUUCUCAGAUCCACAUAUUUCAGAAAAAGACACACACACACACACACGCACACACGCACACACACACAGGCUCUUUUAGAUACCUAUUUGCUAUUGCCUUCGGUGAAAUGCAUUGUAAGAUGAGGAAUACACACAAACUUUUUAGACAUAAUUUAUAGGUCUAUAUCAGUGAUGGGCAACUUUGAUGGGGGUGGGGGCCACAAAAUCUGAACUCAUCAUGAGGGGCUGCAGUGGCUUACGGGUCUGCUUACCCACAUCCAUACCUACACAUGCAGUCAGAGCUAGCCCUAGCCUUUUUGGGACCUAAGUGACAAGUUUGCUGCAAUUCUACACAUUCGGCCAUGAUGGGGUGGAGAGAAAAUGUAGCAAUUGUAUAACACAUUUCAUGCAAUUCUACUCAUUGUGCCAUAGGGUGGCAAGAAAUGUUUGCAGUUUUUAAUAUAAUAUCUGUGUGAGAGUAACUAAGAAAAUCAAUAGAAAAUCAGUAAUUCAAACAAUAUUACCACAAGUUUAGAUAUCUGGCUGGACUAACUUACCAAUCUAAAACAAUUUAGCUGACAAAGGGCUAAUUGAGUGACUGUCAGUGACUGACCUACCAAAAGCAAAACCCUAACUCAGUCCCCCCCGAUUAUUUUAAUUUUAAUUUUAGAUAUAUACAGUGCCAGUCAAAAGUUUGGACACACUUACUCAUUCAUGGGUUUUUCUUCUUUUUUGAAAAACUAUUUUCUACAUUGUAGAAUACUAGUGAAGACAUCAAAACAUAAACCAAUAACACAUAUGGAAUAAUAUAGUCACCAAAAAAGUGUUAAACAAAUCAAAAUAGAUUCAGAUUUUAGAUUCUUCAAAGUAGCCACCCUUUGACUUGAUGACAGCUCUGCACACUCUUGGAAUUCUCUCAACCAGCUUCACCUGGAAUGCUGUUCCAACAGUCUUUAAGGAGUUCCCACAUAUGCUGAGCACUUGUUGCCUGCUUUUCCUUCACUGUGCUGACCAACUCAUCCCAAACCAUCUCAAUUGGGUUGAGGUUUGGUGAUUGUGGAGGCCAGGUUAUCUGAUGCAGCACUCCAUCACUCUCCUUCUUAGUCAAAUAGUUAAUUGUCCUGUUGAAAAACAAAUUAUAGUCCCACUAAGCGCAACCCAGAUGGAAUGGUGUAUCGCUGCAGAAUGCUCUGGUAGCUAUGCUGGUUAAGUGUGCCUUGAAUUCUAAAUAAAUCAUUGACAGUGUCACCAGCAAAUCACCCCCACAACAUCACACCUCCUCCUCCAUGCUUCAUGGUGGGAACCCCACAUGUGGAGAUCAUCCAUUCCAUUGCUCGUUUCUUGGCCCAGGCAAAUCUCUUCCUCUUAUUGGUUUCAUUUAGUAGUGAUUUCUUUGCAGCAAUUCACCCAUGAAGGGCUGAUUCACACAGUCUCCGCUGAACAGUUGAUGUUGAGAUGUGUCGGUUACUUGAACUAUGUGAAGAAUUUAUUUGGGCUGCAAUUUCUGAGGCUGGUAACUCUAAUGAAUUGAUCUUCUGCAGCAGAGGUAACUCUGGGUCUUCCUUUCCUGUGGCGGUCCUCAUGAGAGCCAGUUUCAUCAUAGGGCUUGGUGGUUUUUGCGACUGCACUUGAAGAAACGUUCAAAGUUCUUGGAUUGUUCCGGAUUGACUGACCUUCAUGUCUUAAAGUACUGAUGUACUAUCGUUUCUCUUUGCUUAUUUGGAGCUGUUCUUGCCAUCAUAUGGACUUGAUCUUUUACCAUAUAGGCCUGUCUUCUGUAUACCAGCCCUACCUUGUCACAACACAACUGAUUGGCUCAAACACAUUAAGAAGGAAAGAAAUUCCACAAAUGAACUUUUAACAAGGCACACCUGUUAAUUGAAAUGCAUUCCAGGUGACUUCCUCUUGAAGCUGGUUGAGAUAAUUCUGAGAGUGUGCAAAGCUGUCAUCAAGGCAAAGGGUGGCUACUUUACUAAUCUCAAAUGUUAUUUGAUUAUAACUUAUCUGGAUACUACAUGAUUCUGUAUAUGUGAUUUUUCAUAGUUUUGAUGUUGUCACUAUUAUUCUACAAUGUAGAAAAACCCUUGAAUGAGUAGGUGUGUCUAAACGUUUGACUG